CUCAGUACAAUCGACUUCAUUGACCAAGCCAACCAAGACCUUUAGUCUUACUCUUGCAAGGCACCAGCCAGAAAAAGAAGAGAGACCUGACUUACCAGCCAAACACCCCCACUCCCCCUGACGCACCAGACCCACUGCUGCGGCCCACAUACACUGUCGACUUGGCCACUGGCAUCUUCUUCGUGUCCGCUGCUGGCGGUUGGGGGACCAUCCGAACCCCCCCACCGCCACCACCGGCAGCAUUUGCGUGCCCAUGAUCCGGUCGCUUCCUUUUCCCGUCCCUCUCUCCCCCUCUCUCCCUGGUGGCGCCCUCGUCCUCGAACGUGAACAGAGACGCCAGCGACAGCCGGCCGAGCAAAGACACGGACGGUGUGGAUGUGUCUCCUCUGUCCCCUCUCUCUUUCUCUUCAUAGUCACCGACAGAGAGAGUGGUCAUCUCGUCGUGGGAUGGGGUGGGCGAGGGCGGUGGAGGGAUGGCAAGGCUUUGUUGCUGCUGCUCACCGAAGAGGGAGCCGAAGAAGGAUUGCCUCUGCUGCUGCUGCUGCUGCUGUUGGUGCUGCUGAACUUUCUCCUUGUUGGCAAGGGCCUCCGCCCGCUUGAUGAAGAGCACUGCUUUGGCUGCUGUCUUGUGUCGGCUGGCGGGUGGUGGUGGAGGGGGUGUGCUGGGGGCCGAUGGGGGUCCGCCCUCUCCCUCUCCCUCUGCCUCUUCCUCUUCCUCUCCCUCCUCCUUGCGUGUGACGGCCUCUUCCACACCCCCAAACAGGAGGGACAACAGCCUCCGCUGCAGAGUGAUGUCCUCUUUCUUCUGCGUGUCUCCCCUCUCUGUGGCGUUGACCCUCUCUGUGGGGAUGUUGUCCCAGUCGCUUUGUCGGGGGGGAACACUGGCGCGCCGAUGACGGUUCUGGUCCUUCUUCUUGUUGGUGGCGGCCAGGGCCUGCGUGCGCUUGAGGAAGAGCGCCGUCUUGCCAAGCACCUUUAUUCGAGGGAUCGGCGGGCGGCCCCACUCCGUGACGUCGAUCUUGUCUUCCUCUCCCUCCUCUUCUCCCUCUUCGCCCGUUUCCUCCUCUCUUUCGGCUGCUGGCAUGAGAAAGGAGCUGAAGAGCUUUUGGAAGGUGGAGGGCUCCUCUUGCUGCGGCUUGUUGUCGUCUUCUUUGGCGGGCUCCGCUGCUGCCGGCUUUCUCUUGUCCUGUUCUUUGAUCUUAGACAGGUCUAGGGGAGGGAUGGUGGCAUGGUGUGCGGGCGACUGCUGAGCCAGAAGCAGCUCUGACAGGGCGAUCUGGGUCUCUGUCGAUGAAGCAUCACUCUGCAGACACACAUGCACCGCCAUGUGUGUGCGUGUGGCUGUCGUGGGCUGGCUGACCAUGUUGUCGAGGUAGUGAUGUUGUCUGUUCCCCGCCACUCGUGCAGGUGAGGGGCCGUAUGAGCUGUGGACGGAGGGCGCCAUCGACGAUCCGCGGCCACUCACACCUCCACCACCGGCACCGUCCUUGUCGAUGACGCCCUGUGGUUGAGGAGGCAGCAGCAGAGUGGUCUUGAAGGGCAGCGGCAGCUCUGGCUCGUGCUGCUCCCUCAACGUCGCCUGAAUGAAUGAACGAGACACAGACCCCCCUCUCAAUCGUCCAUCUGUCCGCUAUUCUCACCGCAGCGGUUUGGUAGCGUGCUGUGUCGUCCUGUGGCGAAGUGGGUGGCUUGGACUUAGUGUGCUGGAAGGCCUGAACCCUCUGCCUGACCUCACACACGUGCGCCAUCUCGUCCUUGAGCAAACGGGUCAAUGUGGGGCCAUCCGCCUGUCAGCAAAUGGAAGGAGGAAAAGGAUUUCAGCCUGAGGGCCCGAUGUGUAUGCUCACCAACAGGCCCCCUGCGCCCUUUCUCACCUGGCCCCCUCCACCAGACACCGGUGAAGCGUCCCCCACCGAACCAGCCGCUUCCUGAAAAAGGGGAAGGCAAAACUGACACAUUGAGCGGGUGAUCCUGCAUGAAGGCGCCUGCCCUAUGUGUAUCAUCGCCCACCUUGUCGUCCAUGCUGGUGAUGUCGUCGCACAGGUCCCCCCAUUGCCGCUUCAGCCCCGUCGCCAACUCGCUGACUUUGCCCGCCUCCCCAGCGUCAGAAAACUGCACAACUCUCGAAACUUCGACGCCUGUCAUCCUCUCCAGCGCAUAACAAACUUCACGCGGCAAAAC